AUGCCUCACCAGGUCCUCCGCUUAGGUAUCCUAGGCGCGACCAAUGCCGUCCAAGCAACCUACCUCCCAGUCCUACAAUCCCUCAAAACACACUACACCCUCACAGCAAUCUACGACGCAAACGAAGAAAUAGCAAACCAAUGCCAAUCCCGCUUCGACAUAACAUACAGCACAAAUGUCGCACAAGACGUCCUCCUGCACAAAGAAGUGGACGUAGUCCUCAACCUCCUCCCAAUGGAAUACCACGAACAAUACACCAUAACAGCCCUCGAAACGGGCAAAGACGUAAUGGUCGAAGUCCCCCUCACAAUGAGCAUACGCAGCUUCCGCCGAAUCCGCGAAGCGAUACAAAAAGGCCACACAACACGCUCAACCAAUACCCCCAACUCCGAACCCGACAAACCGAAAAUCUUCGUCGGAUGCGCACGUCGCUAUGCGCCGUGCUACACAGAAGUCUUCAAGAAAGAACUCGCCAGUCUAGGCCGCAUCUACUACGCGCGCUGUAGACACAUCGCCGGCCCCAUGAACAGCGUCGUCUCACCCACCACGAUAGACAUCACGUCCGCCACAAAAGAACACAAUGAUCCAGAGCAGUUUCGCGCACUGGUUGAAGACGUCUUCGGAUGCGAAGACGAUCUCACGCCUGACCGCGUCGCGUUCUGUCGAUACCUCGGCAUGCUGGGGUGUCAUGAUUUGUCGGUCAUGCGUGAGUCGCUGGGAUUGCCGGAUGCUGUUUCGAAUGUGGCUAUUACGAAUCCGUUUUACUCUGCUAUAUUUCACUAUACGAAUUCAGAGGUGGGUGAUGGACACCCGUUUACGCUCACUUAUGAAGCUGGUAUUGAUGCUGUGCCGCGCUGCGAUGCUCAUUUGACUGUAUAUGGGGCGCACAAGACUGUUAGUGUUUCGUAUGAUUUUCCAAGGCCCGGUGAGAAGAUUAGUACGGGGACAUUUGUGCGGGUUGUUGUUGAGGAGGCGGAUGAGACGGGGAGGAUUGGUGAUGUUAAUGAGCAUGAGAUUAAUGAGUUGGAGAAUGUUGUCCCUCGGCCUCGUGUGAAAAGGACUGAGAUGGUCAGUACAUGCAACGAGGCGUAUGAGCGUGAGUUUUUGGCUUUGCAUUCGUAUCUGGUUGGUGCUCGGUCUGCGGCGAAGACAACGGCUGAGGAUGCUGUGAUGGAUCUGCGGAUGCUGCUUAUGAUCUUUGAUCACUAUAACAGGCAGUGUGGCACCAUCAGAACUCCGUUGGGCUGA